UUUGUUUUUUAGAAAAUGAUUGAGGCAGCAGAGUGAAGCAGGGACUGGAGUCGGAAGAGGCAGGAGGCAGAGGGUUCAAUGGGGAGGCGGAUGCCGUAGUCAAGAACCAUUCAAAGGAAGCCAAGAUCCAAGAAGCUGAACAGAAGUUGUCCCAGGAAAACCUACCCAUUCAUCGCAGACAGUCUAUUUCAUCCCGAAAGUAAAGGAAAGCUGGAAAAGACUCUACAGAUAAGGCAAAAAAGAAGUUUGGAAUUGGAUUCACUGGACCUGGGCUUGGAAAUGCCUCAGCCCAGUGUAAGCGGAAUGGACCCACCUUUUGGGGAUGCCUUUCGAAGCCACUCAUUUUCAGAACAGACUUUGAUGAGCACAGAUCUCUUGGCCAACAGUUCAGACCCAGACUUCAUGUAUGAAGUGGACCGAGAAAUGAACUACCAACAGAAUCCCAGAGACAACUUCCUUUCUUUGGAGGACUACAAAGACAUCGAAAACCUAGAGUCCUUUACCGAUAUACUGGAUAACGAGGCGGCCCUCACUUCAAACUGGGAACAGUGGGACACGUACUGUGAAGACCUGACGAAGUACACCAAACUGACCAGCUGCGACAUCUGGGGAACGAAAGAAGUGGACUACUUGGGCCUCGAUGACUUCUCCAGCCCCUACCAAGACGAAGAGGUCAUAAGUAAAACUCCAACCCUGGCCCAGCUUAACAGCGAGGACUCUCAGCCUGUGUCGGAUUCCCUUUAUUACCCUGAUUCGCUCUUCAGUGUCAAACCAAACCCCCUGACCCCCUCGCUCCCCGGGAAGAAGAUCACGAACAGAGCGGCCGCCCCGGUGUGUUCGUCGAAGACCCCUCAGGCCGAGCUCCCUUUAUCAGACUGUGUCCAGAAAGCGAGCAGACCCACUUCGAGCACACAGAUCGUGGUGAAGGCCAACGUGUUUCAUAAUGAAAAGGUGAAUAUUCAUGUUGAAUGUAAGGACUAUGUGAAAAAAGCAAAAGUCAAGAUCAAUCCGGUACAGCAGACCCGGCCCUUGACGACGAGCCAGGUCCCCACCGACGCGGCGAAGGAAAACACCUGCUACUGUGGAGCCGUGGCGAAGAGGCAAGAGAAGAAGGGGCCGGAGGGCCUCCAGCGGGCCGCUCCGCCCGCUCUCCCCUUUAAAGAGGCCCAGGAACUGCUGCUCACCCCCCCGCCCCACGAGGCCCCGGGGCUGAUGGUGGCCGGGGAGAGCAGCGGCCUGGCCACCGGCGCUUCCGUCUCCGAUCCAACCCAGAAGAAGGAAGAGCACAACUACUCCCUCUUCGUCUCAGACGGCCUGGGGGACCAGCCGGCCAAGGCUCCCCCGGCGGAAGAAGAGGAGGAGGAGGAGGAGGAGGAAGACGUGGAGGACGAGGACCACGACGAAGGGUUUGGCAGUGAGCACGAGCUGUCUGAAAACGAGGAGGAGGAGGAGGAGGAGGAGGAGGAUUACGAGGACGACAAGGACGACGAUAUCAGCGAUACUUUCUCCGAACCAGGCUAUGAAAAUGAUUCGGUGGAAGACUUAAAGGAGAUGACAGCGGUGUCUUCCCGGAAAAGAGGCAAGAGAAGAUACUUCUGGGAGUACAGCGAGCAGCUUACCCCGUCGCAACAGGAGAGGAUGCUGAGGCCGUCGGAGUGGAGUAGAGAUACCUUGCCGAGCAAUAUGUACCAGAAGAAUGGCUUACAUCACGGGAAAUAUGCAGUGAAGAAAUCCCGAAGAACAGACGUGGAGGACCUGACUCCAAAUCCCAAAAAACUGCUUCAGAUUGGCAAUGAAUUAAGGAAACUGAAUAAGGUGAUUAGUGACCUGACACCAGUCAGUGAACUUCCCUUAAUUGCCAGGCCAAGGUCAAGGAAAGAAAAGAACAAGCUAGCAUCCAGGGCUUGCAGGCUAAAGAAGAAAGCCCAGUAUGAAGCCAACAAAGUGAAACUGUGGGGCCUCAACACGGAAUACGAUAACUUGUUAUUUGUGAUCAACUCCAUCAAACAAGAGAUUGUAAACCGAGUGCAGAAUCCAAGAGAAGAUGGAGGACCCAACAUGGGGCAGAAGCUUGAUAUCCUCAUUAAAGACACCCUGGGCCUCCCAGUUGCCGGGCAAACCUCCGAGUUCGUGAACCAAGUCUUAGAGAAGACAGCGGAAGGCAAUCCCACCGGAGGACUCGUAGGGUUGAGGAUACCGACGUCGAAAGUGUAAUGGGCCCGACUCUGUCCCCUGACCUGUCCGGCCGGGGACGCGUCUGUCACCGUCCAGUGCUCUCCGUUGUAAAUUUCAUUCUGUUCUGCAUGGCGGUUUCGCAUUGCGUAAACAUUUACAACUAGGUUACAUCGUUUUAGUGACUAAGUAUAAGAGAAGCAUGAUCCAAAAUGCUCGACUACAGCAUUCUCAGAGCCUAAACCGGCAGUUCUCGCACAACUUCUGGCAUCGGUGUGGAAACCGAAGGGUCUUUGAGCAAAGGGUCCCAAAUCCGAUGAUUCGAACUGCAGGUGCAAAACGCCUUCCGCUUGGGAAAGUGUCAGCGAAUGCCAAAUGUUGUGGCGGGUUUAUACUCUGAAUACCACAAAACUUAAGAGGAAGCACUUUUUUUUAAAAACUGUCUAGUGGGGUUUUUCGUUUUGUUGUGUUUCGUUUUUUUUAGUUACUGCUUCGUGUCCUAAUUUUUCUGCAACCAUUAAUCUCACUUGUACAUUAGCACACAUAGCAUUCAAGCUAUUGUGCCAUAUUAGACUUUAUUUUCAGAGCUCAAUAUGAUAUAUACGUAGAGACAUAUAUCUAUUAUAUGUCCGUGCAAGUAAGAAAAAAAAAAGUAUAUUCUUUGUGCCUUGUAUUUCGGGGAGGGGGGGAAACUCUAGCUAUAAACUGGUAACGUUUUGUAUGAUGAAAACCCUAAUGGAGGGGAAACCAAGAUGUAUAGACGGUAUAAUAACGGGGUUUAAACGUUUUUGUUCCAACUCUUACAAAUUUUUGAAUGUAUAUAGGACAAUGUUGAAAUGUAGAUAUAUAUGCCACAGAGUCUGUGUAUUGUAUAAAAAGACGGCUCUAGAAGACUCAAUUUCGGUACUUGGCCGGAAGGGGACAAAUACUUGCACAUUAAUGCGAUUGUUUUAUUUUUUUGUACCAAAGACAAAUGCAACUGAUAUGGCAACUGCCAGUCUAAGGAAAGUUUUGCACAGCUUACAUGAUACUGUACUGAAUGUAUGAAAAAAAAAAAAAGGAAAAAAGAAAAAAAAAUUUAAAGGUCAGGGUUAGGGAUCUUACUGAACUGUGAAUUUUAUUUCUGUUGGGUCCAGUUAUCUACAGAAGGAGCAUUCAUACAUCCAAAUAUUAUUUUGCCGUUCCCUAGUUCGCUUCCAUAGUAGAUAAGUUGGUGGCCAUUUAGGAGUUUGUAAAUCUUUUUUUUUUCUGCACUUAUUGUAGAAAAUUUUAAUAUAUUUGGAUUUUAGUAAGCUAUUGGUAAAAUAGUUUUUGACUUUGAGAAUUCAGAAAAGUUUAUUUAGCUCGUUGUAGUAUACUUCCACCAAACAACCAAAAUACAGAUUAUUUUUUAUCGUACUGUGUGUAUAUAUAUAUGUGUAAAGAAAGAAAAAGCUACAGAUAUCUAAUUCUUUAGUUGCCACUUUUCCAAUCGAUGUAUUAUUGUGCAUGUAAUAUUUCCAAGGAUCAACACAAGCUUAAAACAGAAAGAUUUAUAGAUUUUUAUAUUUUUGUACAGAUAUUUCAAAACUAGCUUCUUCAGACUUAUACGUGACUUAUUCUUGUUAAUUCUGUAGUUUGUAUGAUUGAGGAAUAUUAACACAUUUAGUUUUUAGGUGCUCUUUUGCCCAUAUAAAAAUCAGCUUCAUUAGUCAGUGUUUAAACUGUGUUUAAAGCUUUACCUCUUGAUGAGAAAGUCCUCUGUCGAGACAGAAUCAUUAUCUGGGUUCAAAAGCCUGCCCCCUUCCCCGCCCCCAACCCCGCUGACACCCCCACCUCAAAUUUGUAAAAAAAGUCACGGUUAACCGCCCCCGCCCCGCUUAGAGGGAUUAAAAAUACCAAAAAAAAAAAAAAAAUGACCAGCAGGGCUGCAGGACUCGUAUGCUCACAGUAUACGGUAUUUCCACUUUCCCUUUGGAGAAUUUAAUUCCUCAUUGCAGCUCUCUGCACAGUGUUUUCUUUGUUGCGUCCCUGAGCUGUAGCACAUGAAGUUUUGACUCCGAAGCUCAUCAUAAAACAAGGGGCAAUGUUAAUUCUUUUAUUUUGGGGAGGGGGGAGGGAAGGGAGGGAAGAGUCAGAUUUUCACAGCGCCUCCUCCUUAUCAUGACACUUCCAAGAAAUUCCAAAGGAGGCCAAGAUACCGGAGUUGAAUUGUGAUGCACACUGCUUUUCUUUGAGGCUGGUAGAAAUGAGCUUGAUUAGGGCUCUCUCAGAGUAAACGCAACAAGUAGCCGUUUUCUCAAAGGAUUUGAAAAAUGUCAGUUGGCUGAAAAAAGUUCCUUUUUUUUUUUUUUUGCAUGUGGGGUAAGGCAAAGUACAGGUCUGUAACUUGACGAGAAGAAGUCAUGACUGAAAAUGUAUCUGGGGGAUUUAUAAAGUAUUCUAAAAUAUGGCAGUUUUGCAGUCAGGUAAAGAUCUUUUACCUGGUAGAUUGAAUGGAGAGGCUUAUAAAAUGCCCCUUUUAGAGCUGCUCUGUUAAGGAUUUUGUUUUUUGAUUUUUUUUUGUGAUUUUUUUUUUUCCCACCACUCUCAAAACCAGAAAUGGUUUUUGUGGUCUAUCAUUUCAGACAUUUGUUUUAAUGAAUUCCAGACCUUCGCAUUUCAGUGUUUUCUAUGUACUACUUAAGUUAAUAGUUAAAAGCUUUUAAUAGUUGAGCUUUUUAAUGUUGACACUUUAUUUUGUACCUAUUUAUAUAUGUAUGUAUAUCUUAGAAAAGCACUUUGUUAAAAAAAAAAAUUGCAUUUUAUAUGAUUCCUGCCGUUUGCUGCUAAAUCUGGGCUGGUCAGAAUGCUGCAGCGAUACUUGAUGUAAACAAAACCUGGCAGUAAAAUGUAGAGUAAAGUUAAAUCCUUUAGCUGUUUUAACUUUAUCGUAAAGAUGACAUAGGCAAGCUGUGCAGCUUUACAUUUUAACCAGGGGACUCUGUGGCAUUUAAACCGUCUAGAAAUGGUUGUACUUUAAUGCCAGUAAUAAUCUGCUUCCUCUCUCAUCAUUAAAGUAUAUUCAUUUGGUGUAUUUGUAUCUCACCCUCCCCAACACGCACACACACAAACACACACACACACAUACACUCUUCCUCCACCCACCCGCCUUUAGGGUGGAAGAAACCCCAGACCACUCUACCUGUUCUGUCUUGGGAAACUGUGGCAUGCAACUGGGAUGAAGAUCCUUAGAGCCAAAUUCUCUAAAGAUUUUCAGCGCUCAUACAUGGUAUGCAGAACACGCCGAAGUCCCGGAUCCUCUUUCAAGUGGAGGCACGGUGAAUUCAUAUUCCCGAUAAUCCCGUCAUCCAAAAGAGACCAUUCGAGUCCUACUAAGAUUUGCUUUCGGUCUUUGUUGGUCAUCUCAAGUACACUGGAUUCUCUGAAGCAUUUAUUUCCCUAGUAAAUCGUGCUCUCCAACCGGUCCGGCCAAAAGCUCGUCAGAGUUUCGAAUUGGGCGCCAUUUUCCGUCGAUUCGAUACCCGGUUCUGUCGUACCAUGUAUGAUUCUCGUCCUUUCUCGUAUCCUUCAUGACAGAUGACGAUGUGGCUUUAUAUCGUGCCUUACUUGUACAUUUCUAACUAAAUGUUUUCAGCCCUACCCCCCCCCUUCCCGCCCCCUAAAUCCUGAACUCUUGCACCUUUUAAGAAGAGAAUCAAAACUAUAAUAAAAGCAUCGUGAAGGAAUUCAGAUGGAUCUGGCUGCAAAUCCCCUCCCUCUUCACAGUUGUUUCGUCUCGCAUCCGUCCGGGAACCCGGUUUUAAACGGUCGUGGAAUGCGAGGGCAGAGGUGGGGAUUCGCACUAAUUUCUACUCCCUCCUUUAUUCGGACUCUCCCGAGUUCAUCACCCAGCUUGACUUUUUGGCUGAAGAGCAAUAGUCUCCAUUGAACAGUAGCAUGGUUCAGCUCAUCUGCUUUAUUCUUCCAUUUCAUGUUUCCAUUCUGAAAGGAAGAGGACAGGUUUCUGUCGCUAAAACAGAUGAGGAGUCUCUUUAUGAGAAUCAGAAGCACUUUGGAAACGCAAUAUUGUCCGUUUGGGUUUAUUUAAAAAAAAAAAGAAUCUCGUACGACUCUCUGAUGUUUGCCUUCAUUAAUAAAGCUGUUAGUUUAUCCACCAAAAUGUCAAGAAUGGAUGUGCUUUUUUGAAAAUUCCAUACAUCUUUUCCACCUUGUCAUUUUAGCUGCUAAGACUGAGUUAACUGUCCAAGAAUUGGAUACCAGUUGCCUUCAGUAGGAAAUAAUUAAAGCGUAAGAGGAUAUUUCCAGACUUACCGCUUGUCUUCCUGAAAUUCUGUCGAAGCAUCGUCUAAUCGUGUUAGCACCGGGGUCGGCAUCUCUCGAUAGCCUUGCAGUCUGAAUUUUGAGAAUGCACUGAUCGAUGGCCUUCAGUGUUAAUCAUGUAAAAAGGUUUCGGUCCGCUCUCUAAGCGAACUGCGGGUCCGCCCGGAGCCCCGGGUCUUUUCCUAACUUUGCACAGGACUGCAGUUGGGCUCCGUUCGGCGUUUAUGCUGCGGGCGUUGCAAACCCAGUGCUGCAAUCGUGGAUUCGUUGAAUCUCACUCAAGGGCAUUACCGUUUUCCGAAAACUCCACCCCUUCGUGAUCACUCGGGCUCCCACCGGGGCGCGACCUUGUGGGUCAGCCGCAGGGAUGGAGGUUUUUAUCUUAUGGAGGGGGGGGAAGAUCACGUGAGGGAGAGAUGUUGAAAAUGUGCUAUAAGUCAUCCUCUUCCAUAGAGCAACGGGCGACUAUGCGUUUAAGCAUUGUCCUGUUGCCCAGCUAGCCAACUCAAGUCAGAGAGAGACUUGGUUAUGCCAAAUUCCCAUUUUUAUUUAGCAAAAAAAUAAAAAAUAAAAAAAAUGGAGAAAGAGCGGAGACGUCAAACUGCUUCCAACUUGUCAGUAUUUCAGGAUUGGAGGGUUGGUCAUCCGAAAAGAAUGGCAGAGAGGUUGGAUGUCUUGAUGUGCCAAGUUUGGCUAAACUAGGUUGCCUCUUCCAUACCAGGGUAAGCACACAGUCAGAGUAACUUCUGAGAUGGGUGGCGGGUCUGACCCUGGACCCCAUCGUGACCCCUCACCCUCCCGUCCCCCUCCCGUCCCCCCUUUUACCCCUACUGGGUUUCUCGGAACCAAAAAGCAUCGACGUGUAUGUAUGUAUGUACCUUAUCUGCUUUUUGAACCUGUUCUUCCGGCACUAUUCCACUGCCUGUUUUUUUUUUUUUUUUUGGUCGCCUUUCCCCGGGAUGCUCACGGGAUGAAAAGAUCCUAUAGCUAAGCAUUUGUGGUCGAUCACGAACUCCAAUGCUGCGGCACCCACAGGCACGGAGAAGAACCGAGGGGCGAGAAUUCAAGGCGUUCGUUGAUUACCGGGCGGCAACCCGUUUCUGCAUAGUUGCUUGGGGUCCUGUUUGUAAUGCUGUCGUUAAUAUCCUGUAGUUCUUUUCCGACUGGAGCUAAGAAACUUUUUAUUGGAACUGGUCUUGUCUCUCUUUGUUAGAAAGAUCUUUAUCUUGUUAACGCAUGAUCUGUUUUGAAACUUAUUCUAUUAAAUGUUGGUUGAUAGUC